AUGCGGGGGCCGUCGUGGUGCCCGUGGCGGCGGGCGGCGUCCCCCGGGGCGGGGGCCCGGGGCAGCCGGUCCUGGGGCGGGGGUCCCCGGCCCCCCGACAGGCCCCGGGCCCGGGGCUGGCGCCUGUGGCUGGCCACGCUGCUGCUGUUCACGGUGCUGCUGUGGACCCCCCUGUGGCCGUGCGCCGGGCCCCCGCGGCCUGCCCCGGCCCCCCCGUUGGCCCUGGACGCCCCGGGCGGGCCCCUGGGGGCCCUCCGCCUGGCCUUCUGCGACGCCUACACCCUGGGCGACCUGCUGCUGGCCGGCCGGGCCGGGCCCCAGGGGCCGGGCUGUAGCCUGGACGCCCUCCGGGGCGACGGCGACGCCUGCGCCCGCUGCCUCGGGGCCUUCCGACGCCUCGACCGACACGCUCAGGAAAAGUUUGACGAGUUCGACGGCCUCCUGAGGAGGUACCUGCCGGCCCCGGACUACUCCGUGCGCUCCUGCGUCGGGGACUGCAAGGCCGUGUACAAAGCCUGGUUGUGCUCCGAGUACUUCAACGUGACCCAGCAACAGUGCCGCCGCCGGGUCCCGUGCAAGCAAUACUGCCUGGAGGUGCAGACCAGGUGCCCCUUCGUGCUCCCGGACAACGACGACCUGAUCUACGGAGGGCUCCCCGGCUUCAUCUGUGCAGGGUGGCUGGAGGGCCCGGCGGGCGGCGAGGAGGCCACGUGCUGCGACGUGCAGUGGGACUCGUGCGACUUCCCGCCGGACGGAGGCGAAGGCGGCGGCGGCAACGCGUCCGCCCCGCCCCCCGACCACCACCACCACCGCCGCCGCCGCCACCACCACCAUCACCACCAGCAGCCAACGCGGCGGCGGCGACGCGUGGUGUCCUUCUCCGGGGCCGGGGCCGGGGCCGGACCGGAGGCGCUGCCCGCCCGGGAGGAGGGCCUGGCCCGGGACGAGUGACCUAAGGGCCGGGCGGGGAGCCCGCAUCUGCACCGGCGGCCGGCAGGGGGAGCGUGCGCGCGCAUGCGCGCGGCCAACUCCCUCCAGCAGCGAUGGGGGGCGAGAGGCCUCAUCGCUAACGGCCGGCGGGGGGAGAGCGUGCGCGCGCAUGCGCGCGGCCAAUUCUCUCCAGCAGCGAUGGGGG